AAAAAUUUAUUGAUAGAUAGCUUUACUUCACGUCAACCAAGAUUGUGUACACUUUCUUCGUAGUUCUACUUAAAAAUAGGGGAUUAACAGAACCAUUUAUCGUUAUCUUUUUCCUUAACGACAUUAGAUAGUUCAGUAUCAUGGCGACCGCAAGUGCAAACGUACUCCAUCAGACGACGCAAGAAGAUUCUAUCGUUAUCAGAAGUGAAAAAAAUGAUAUGGUGCUCACCGCAAGUUCAGAUUCGGUCUUCUUAGAACGGUACAAUUCUUCGUCUUCUGCACAAAUCUGGUUGGUACAAAGUACACUAUAUGGAAAAAUAAUUGUAAAUGUCAGUAACCGAAAAGUUUUAGAUGUAGAAGGUGGAGCCAAAACAAAUAACUGGAUCACCAUCAGCCGUAAAGGUGAAAGUACAAGUCAGUUCUGGAAUAUCAACCCUGAUGGAACUAUCACCAACGCCGGUACAAACCUAGCACUUGACGUAAAUAUGUGUAACAAGCUGAAAUUGUAUCCUAAACAUGGAAAAGCUAAUCAGAGAUUCCCCAUUCAACUGAAGAAUUUUUAAACUUUACUUAUCUUAGCUACAGAUUAACACAUAUUUAGUAAAUACAUAUCUGACAGAAAAAUA